AUGGCUCAGAAGCGACUGAUGCAGGAGUUGCAACCCCUCCAAAAGGAGAAGUGGGUAAACAUUGAGACUGAUGACACCAACCUCUUCCGAUGGAAGCUCGGCCUCUGGGUCGUCAACCCCGACAGCGUCUGGCACGGCGCCUACCUCAAGGCCGAGAUGCGUUUUCCUAGCGAAUACCCAUACCAACCACCCACCUUCCGUUUCCUCACAAAGAGCAUCUGCCACCCCAACGUCUACACCGACGGCAACCUCUGUAUCUCUAUCCUCCACAAGCCUGGCGAGGAUGAGGUCUCGGGCGAGCUGGCCAACGAGCGCUGGAACGUCCUCCAUGGCGUCGAGUCUGUCCUGCGUUCUGUACUUCUCCUUCUCGACGACCCCGAGAUCAACUCCCCCGCAAACGUCGACGCCAGCGUUCUCUACCGCGAUUCACGCGCCGAGUACGAUCGUCGGGCAAAGGCUGUAAUCGAAAAGUCUCAGAAGGACAUUCCUGAGGGCAUGAGCAUGCCCACUUCCGCUGAGCUCACCCCUGCGCCGCAGAAGCCCGUCGACGACGAUGCCGACUUCUGGAACAUGUCGGAUGAGGAGGAGGAUUUUGGCGGCAGCGACAGCGACGAGGACAUGGAGUACUUUGACGAUGAUGACGACGACGAGGACGAAAAGGACCAGAAAUAG